AAUAUCCUCUUUUGUUUAUGGCUUCUAAGAAGAACAGUUGGUUUUCAGAGGAGCCAGGUGUGGAGGAAAGGCAAGCUGUGAGCAGAGGCAACUGAGAACUUGUCCACUGAUUGCAGAGCCCCUGCCAGGUUUCCAUGGCAUCUGAGUCUACUAUGAAGACCCCCAUUUGUUUAGUGGAAAACAGAAAUGAGCAGCUGGUGGUGAAUUCAAAAGCCUUAAGGAUUCUUCACAAGACAUGUCAACCUGUGGUGGUGGUGGCCAUUGUAGGGAUAUUUCGUACUGGGAAAUCCUACCUGAUGAAUCAUCUUGCAGGACAGAAUCAUGGCUUCCCUCUGGACUCCACAGUGAGGGCUGUACAUAAGGGCAUCUGGAUGUGGUGUGUGCCCCACCCCACCAAACCAGACCACACCCUGGUCCUCCUGGACACUGAGGGCCUGGGUGAUGUGGAAAAGGGUGACCCUAAGAAUGACUCCUGGACCUUUGCCCUGGCUGUACUUCUCAGCAGCACCCUUGUCUACAACAGCAUGGGUACCAUCGACCACCAGGCCCUGGAGCAGUUACACUAUGUGACUGAACUCACACAACUAAUCAGGGCAAAAUCUGACUCCACAUCGGAUGAAGUAGAGGAUUCCACUGAGUUUGUAAGUUUCUUUCCAGACUUUGUUUGGACUGUGCGAGAUUUCACGCUGGAACUGAAGUUGAAUGGACACCCCCUCACAGAAGAUGAGUACCUGGAGAAUGCCUUGAAGCUAAUUUCAGGAGAGAAUCAGAAAAUCCAAAAUUCCAACAUGUCUAGAGAGUGUAUCAGAUAUUUCUUUCCAAAACGAAAGUGCUUUGUCUUUGACCGACCUACGAAUGACAGAAACCACUUAUCCCAUAUUGAUGAAGUUCCACAAAACCAACUGAAAAGGACUUUUGUAGAGCAAUCAAAAAACUUCUGUACCUAUGUCUACACCAAUGCCAAAACCAAGACCCUGAGAGGGGGAAUCCUUGUCACUGGAAAUCGGUUGGGGACUCUGGUGGAAACCUAUGUAAACGCCAUCAACAAAGGAACCAUUCUUUGUUUGGAGGAUGCAGUGACCACUCUGGCCCAGUGUGAGAACUCGGCAGCCAUGCAGAAGGCAACCCACCACUACAGUGAGCAGAUGGCCCAGCGGGUGGAGUUCCCCACAGACACACUCCAGGAGCUGCUGGAGGUGCACGCAGCCUGUGAGAGGGAAGCCAUCGCAGUCUUCAUGGAGCACUCCUUCAAGGACGAUGAGCAUGAGUUCCAGAAGAAGCUUGUUGACACUAUAGAGAGAAAGAAGGAAGCUCUCUUGCUGCAGAAUGAAGAGGACUCUAAAGAAUACUACCAGUAUCACCUGAAUCUGCUUUUAGAGCCUAUAAUGCUAAGUGAAUCAAGAGGAGCAUUCUCUGUUCCUGGAGGCCAUAGUUCCUACUUACAUGCAAGGAAGAUGGUGGAAGAGUGCUACAACCGAAAGUAUGGGAAAGGAGUGAAGGCAAAGGAGGUCCUUCAGAGCUUUCUGAAGUCACAGUCUGACUUAGAAAUAUCCAUUCUGCAGUCAGACAAAGCACUCAUUGAUGGAAUAAAGGCCAUAGCAGCUGAGAGAGCCAAGAAGGAGGCAGCCGAGAAGGAACAGGAGCUGCUAAGACAGCAGCAGAAAGAGCAGCAAGAAAGGAUGGAGGCCCAAAAGAGAAGCUUCCAGGAAAACAUUGUGCAGCUUAAGGAGAAGAUGGAGAGAGAGAGAGAGAACAUUCUGAGAGAGCAGGAAAGGGUUCUGGAGCACAAGCUAAAGGUCCAAGAAGAACUGCUUAUGGAGGGAUUUAAAGAGAAAUCUGAGAAGUUAAAUAAAGAGAUAAAUCGACUAAAAGAAGAGAUUGAAACAUCUAAAAAGAAAACACCAUCGAUAUUGUCACAGAUCCUCGAUACAGCCGGCACUGUUUUCCUUGCAGUGCUCCCUGGGGCUGCACACCAGUCAGUGUAGGGACGGAAGUAAUCAGUGAUAUUAUUGAACAGCCUGGGGACCUCUGAUAGGAAAUUAUACAAUGGGGCAUCUUUUUUUUUUUUAAUAGCAUCAUACUAUGGCUCCUUUUUAAACUGUUUGUGUGUAUUGGUUUUAUUCAAGAUAAGUUUAAAACUGAAAAGCUGUAUCAAAGAAUAUGAGAGAAACAAUUCUUAUUGAAUUAAAGAAAUGAGAACCAACUAAAAAAAUCUGAAAUGAUUUCUAGAAAAGACUCAAGUCAAGCAAGUAGAUAUCAAUGUGAAGAAAACAGUUUCAAUUCAUGUUUUAGUCAUAAAGAUUAUUUAAGCCAUAAUGAGCUCUCAUGGGAAUUGACCAACAACAACAUUAAGCAGAAAGAAACACAAGAAAAAAUUGAACUUUACUAA